AUGGAUGAAGGUAGCAUCAUUCCUGAUGUUGCAUACGGGAACCGCAGUUAUCGUAUAGUUCGUAAACGUGAUUCCAGCACAAUUUCGCCUCUUACGAACCUCUCGAAGAGAAGUGCAAAGUGCAUGAAUGAGCCUGACGGUCCAAUCCACAAAUACACUGUUGUGAACGGGAAAGUGGGUGAAGAAAUAAUCAUCAGUGAUGAAGAGUCUAAUACAUCACACCAACCAAACAGACGUGGAACAAUUGAAAUGGAUGAUGUUUUCGACAUACAGCCUGUAGAGAAAGUUCCAUAUAAAGCGACAUCAGUCUAUUAUAGUGCCGAAUCAUCGCCUGAAAAAACGCCUGUAGUCCUAAAAUUUGAUCCUAACAAAAGAAUUGGAGCCAUUGAUUUGGGUGGAGUGGAAGGUGUGAAAACGUCACGAUCACAAAAUGAAAAAUCAGAGACUGCCGUUUCGAACGAAUUUGAGAGAAAGAGAAAAGAGUUAUUGAAAAAAGCUUCCACACUAACAGGAACUUACAAAAUCGAACCUGAUCUCAACCGUCAAUUUACCACCGAUCACUCUUUCUUCUCAAUCUCGUCUCUAGUACUUGGUGAUCUUCCCUUGCCCUACCCAGCAAAACCUCACGAUGACAUUUUGAACUACGACAAGCCAGGCUUUGUUCAACUUCCGUGGUCGACACAAAACAUGGUUGGAAAUGUGAGGCGUUAUGUUCAAGUCCUAAGAAGUCUCCAAUGCAUUGAGGAAAACAUGAGUUCCAUUCACACAUUACCUAUUAACAUACGGGAGUAUCAUAACAUCUCAAACUUUGACGGCUUAAUCAACUAUUAUGAAGAACUACCUUCUAACGAAGACAAAAAAGAAUUUCUCAAAACAAUAUCAGGAAUAGCAAGCUUGGCUCUACGUGCGGAAGCAGUCAUCACAAAACCAAUACCUUACCUAACGCUCCAAACAGAAACACGCUCAACCUCUAGUUGUUCAAUUUCAUUAUCACAAGAACAAUGUGCUUGUUUACUUGCAAAUGGUUUCUUCUGUACUUUUUCUGAGAGGAGUGAAAAAUUCGGGGAAUUCAAUAUGGAUCAAUUGUUCUCUUCUACUAAAAGGAUCAGUCAAGUCAAAUUUCAAUUCAUAAUUGAGUACUUUAAAACAGUUCUGAAGAAAAUGCCUGAUGGUGUUGUUUCGUUCCGUAGAGUUUCUAUUAAAAACUCUCCCGAUUUUGAAGAAAGCACUAAGCCCAUUCCUCUCAUGGAAUUCGGUGAUGGCAAAAUCGAAGACUACAUUGGAGCAUUGCAAGUGGAUUUUGCUAACCGUUAUAUAGGCGGUGGCGUAUUAGGGCGUGGAGCAGUACAAGAAGAGAUAAUGUUCUUACAAAGACCAGAGAUGAUUGUAUCGAUACUGCUGGCUCCCAGGAUGAACGCACAUGAAGCAAUUUUCAUCAGCGGAGCACAACAAUAUAGUUCGUACUCUGGAUACGCUAACAGAUUGAGAUGGGUUCCUGUGAACCCCGACAACGUUGUUGUGAGAGAUAAGUUCAAGAGGAUUAAUCAUGAAAUUGUGGCUAUAGAUGCCAAGAACGUCAGCGAACACCCUGAGAAGCAGUACGACGUUGAAAUGAUUGAUAGAGAGCUGCUGAAGUGCUAUGUUGGAUUCCACACCGGAGAGAAAGAGCCUUACAUAAAGCCCAUUGCCACCGGUAAUUGGGGAUGUGGAGUAUUUGGCGGAGACCUCCAAUUAAAAGCUCUGAUACAGCUCUUAGCCGCUGGAGCUGCUGGUAGAGAGUUGAUUUAUGUACCUUUUAACGAGGAACGGUUCAAGACAGAGUUUCGAGCUCUAUAUCAGAACCUCCGAAAAAGGAAUAUCCAGAUAGGAGUCUUAUACGGCAUUCUCAGCAACUAUUGUAUGUCUAAAACAAAUCUCACAGUGUUCGAAUAUGUGCUUGAAUGCUUGGCAUGA